AGGAAAACAAAAAUUCCUCGUUUCCUCUCUCCCUCUCAACUCUCUCGGUCUCUCCUGCUGGCCGGCGGCCGCAUCGCACUGCAGGCAGCCAGGCACAGCUCCGACCUCCGAGCCUCCGAUCGAUCUCCACUGCGCGCACCUCGCUGGUCGAGCGUGGGGCAGGGCAGGUCGGCAGGAAGCAGCCAGGGACAGGGCAGGGCAGGAAGCAGCCAGGGACUCCGUCGCUCCGCUGCGGCUGGGUGAGUGCGUCCGGGACAGAGAAGAGAAGGUUUGUUGUGCGUCCAGGACAGAGAAGAGAGUGCGUCCUCUGCUGUGCUGCUCCUCUACUGAAGACGGGGCUCCGCUCCUCUACUGUGCUGCUGCUGCUUUCAGCCUUUGGCCACCAGGACAGAGAAGAGAAGUGCAUCUUUGUCUCUAUUUUUGUUUCCUGUUGCCAACUUGCCAUUGAUGUUAGGCGUUAGCUUCUUAGUAACUGGUUAUUCACAGAUUUGAUCUUGUUGCCAACUUGCCAUUGAUCUUUGUUUAUUCACAGAUUUGAUGUUUGGCGUUAGCUUCUUUAGUAACUAGUUAUUCACGGCUGGAUACUAGUACAUAUUUGAUCUUUGUUUAUUUUUUAUGAACAUGUUAUUCACAUAUUUUAUUUUCUUUUACAUCAAAUGAAAUUAAUGUUAGAAUUUUUUAUCUAAUGUAUUUUAAUCCUGAUUAGCAAAAAAGGCUAAGGAGGGGGUAGAAUCUUCAAGGGGAGAUGGAUUGCCAUGGAAGGGGCAAGGGCAAUGAGAAGGCCAUACUUGACAGCGGCGAAUCAUCUGGUGCAGCCGGUGGUUUGUCAAAGACAUAUGUGGUUACUAAAGCAGGAAAAAGGAUAGAAUUGAAAGGAACAAUUAAGGACACAUGGAGCCAUGGCACUAAGAGGGGUAAACUUGGCUGGAAGUGUGGAUACUGUAAUGCAAGCCACGCAAGCGGAGGUGCUACACGUCUAAGGGAACAUUUGUGUGGAUUACAAGGUAAUGUGAAGCCAUGUUUCAAUGUGCCACGUGAUGUUAAGAACAUAUUGUUGGAAGAAGUAGCAUUGAGCAAAAAGAAGAAGAGGGAUACAACGGAAAAUCGUCUCUAUAUACAAAAGGCUCUCGUAGAGCAUGAUUAUAGGACAACUAUUGCUAGACUUAACGAAGAGGAACAACUUGAGAUGGCAAUGAGGGAAUCACUUAGGGAUGUUGGAUUGACCUAUGAUGGUAGCUCAAGGGGUAGUGGUAUUGUUAUUGGGUCUGCAAGUGGUAGCAGAGUAUCCAAUAGUGUGGCUGGAAAUUAUGGCCAGACAAGUGGCAGUAGGUCUGGUAGCUCAACUAAACAAAGUUCACUUCGUAGUUUCUACCUUGGCCCAAGUUCUUCAAAAGCUCCUUUUGACAUAGAUUUGGCACGUAGUAGAGCACCCUCACAGCCUCGGGUGGAUAUCAUGCUGUGUCGGGAUUCUAAGCUGAAGCUCUGGAAAGCUUUAUCAAAAUGGUUCCAUGCCAAUGACAUACCUGGUAGGAAAGCUGAUUGUCCCUAUUUUAGGUCUGCAAUGAAAUUGGCUCAACAACUUGGGGAAGUGCCUCUCCCAAAAGGAAAAGAUAUAGAUGGUCAACUAUUAGAUAUGAACUACAAUGAUUUGGAAGCUCACAUGGAAUCUUUUAAGGAAGAUUGGAGUCGAUAUGGGGUAACCAUCAUGUGUGAUUCAUGGACGGGUCCUACAAUGAUGUGUAUAAUUAACUUCAUGAUCUUUUGCAAUGGUCGCAUGUUUUUCCACAAGUCUGUGAACGCAACCGGGGAAGUCCAAAAUGCAGAAUUUAUUUAUGAUUGUAUUAAAGAGGUUGUGGUCGAUGAUGUUGGGGCUAAAUUUGUCGUUCAGAUAGUGACAGAUAAUGGUUCUAAUUACAAGAAAGCAUGCAAACAACUCAUAGUCGAGCAUCCACACAUUACUUGGCAACCAUGUGCUGCUCAUACUAUUAAUUUGAUGCUGAAGGACAUAGGAAAAUUUGAUGAUGUUGCAAAUGUAGUGGACAGUGCAAAGCGUAUAUGUAGGUUCUUCUAUAAACAUAAUAGGCUGCAUGCUAUGAUGAGGGAGAAGAUUGGUGGGGAGCUAAUUCGUUGGAAUGCCACUAGGUUUGGCACAGUGUUUAUGUGCUUGCAGAGUUUUUGGGAUAGGCAAGACCAGUUGAAGGCAUGGAUGAUCUCUGCUGAGUGGAGAAAUAGUCAAUGGAGAAAUGAGGAAGACCAUUCAUUUGCAUAUGAUUGCCUAACAGAUAGGAUUUGGUGGGAUGAUAUGGAAUUGGUGUUGAAUGCUGUUGGACCAAUCUUCUUUGUUCUUCGAUAUGCUGACCAGCAAAAGAAUGCUACCUUAUCUGGCUUUCUUCCAAAGAUGAUACAAGCAUAUAAUGAUAUAAGUGCAAAAUUAAAAAAAAGUGAACGUGGUAAAGGAGGUCUACUUAAGAGGACAGCUGAAGUAAUCAGUAAGAGAAUUAGAUAUCUUCUCAAUGAAACACUUAUGCUUGCAGGUGCUGCACUUGAUCCUCAAGAGCUAUAUAGGUCAAAUCUUGCAAAGAAAUCAAGUUGUCAAUUGGCUGUGACUUUGGCAAUUAAGAAACUUGCCACCUCAACUAAAGAAGCUGCAGCUGCAAUUGACCAGUUUUCUAGGUUCAUUGAAAAGAAAGGACUAUUUGGAGAUCCAGAAGCUAAGUGGUCAGCACUUAAUGGCAAACCAGAUGCAGCCAAGUGGUGGGGUUCAUAUGGAGGGCAAUGCCCUGAAUUACAAAGGAUUGCAAGACGCAUUGUCUCUCAAUGCAUAUCAUCUAGUGGAUGUGAAAGAAGUUGGAGCACCUUUGCUCUAGUUCACACAAAAUUAAGAAAUAAGCUAGGCUUUGAGAAGCUGCACAAGUUGGUGAAAGUGCAUUAUAACCUGAAGUUACAGAUCGAACAAUUUGAAGCUGAUUUUCAAAGCCUUCAAGAAAAGGAUUCUGAUCCAUGUAGUAUGCUGAUGGAUGUUGCUCUUUAUGAUGACCAAAACCCAAUCAUGGAUUGGCUAAACAAUUCUAUGAGUGAUUCUGCACCAACUCUGGAUGAAUAUGAUGAUAGUGAUCUUGAUUGGAGCACACCUAGCAGGUUUGUCACUGAAAGUUUACAAAUGGGCAUAGAAGAGGUGGCUGAAUUUAAGAGGGACCUUUAUAUGGGGAAAAAAGGUUGUAAAAACAAACAGAGAAUGCAAUGGGAUGGAGAAGAUGCUGAAGGUACCGCAGAAGACUAUGAAACUGAUUCUUCACAAGAACAAGGCAGCCCAAUUUAUGCUGAGUCAGGUGACAGUAGUUCCAAUGAUGAAGGUGAUGGCAAUAAUGAUGUUGGUGCCGAUGGAAGUGGUGGCACUAGGGCUGCUGAUGGUCCUGCCAAAGGUUCGAGACAUGGGGAACCAACUCCUUUGCGUCCAAGAUCAACAAGAAAAAGGAAGCCAACUCUCAAGAGCAUUACUGAAUUAUAAAUGUGUUGUAUGGCUCCAAGGAAAAGAUCUGGAUAUGGCAAUGCUUCACUGAUUAAUGUCUUUUGGCGAUGUGUCGUCGGCUUAAAUAGACGCCUAACUUUUGUAACAUAAUAAUAUUUGAAGCUGCCAUUACUUUUACUAUCUAAUGGACUGUAAUAUGUGAUUUGGUGGUGACUUAA